AUGCAGAUCAUCAAACUUCCAUGGCUCUGUCAUCAAGAAGAGCAGAGGAAGUUCGAGGUUUACACAAUUUCCGUUUCUGCUGAUGGUAAAAGACUAGCUUCUGGAGGUUUAGAUGGUAAGAUCAAAAUAUGGUCUAUGGACUCAAUUUAUCAAUACAAGAGGAGCGAUAAAGAGAAUGAUCUUAGGUACUUACAAGGUUCAGUUCAGUCGGAUGAAUCAAAAAAUGCAUUGAAAGUUAGUGAGAAUAUCUGUCGUCCUCUCUGUUCUAUGUCAAGACACACUGGAGCUGUCACUUGUCUUCGAUUUUCUCCAAACAAUAGAUUCCUGGCUUCUGGCUCGGACGAUAAAAUAGUGUUAAUAUGGGAACAAGAUGAAGAGUAUGAGUACGAUUCUUCUGUUAUGGAGGGCAUGAACCCAGUUUUUUCCAACGGGUCAUCUGGAGAUCAAAUGGACAUGGAGCGCUGGACUGUCCGUAAAAGAUUAGUGGCUCAUGAUAAUGACAUUCAGGACAUGGCUUGGGCGCCCGAUGGCAGCAUCCUUGUUACCGUGGGUCUCGAUAGAUCAAUUAUCAUAUGGAACGGACAAACAUUUGAAAAAAUGAAAAGGUAUGACAUUCACAAUUCUCACGUAAAGGGAAUUGUGUUUGAUCCUGCAAACAAAUAUUUCAUUACAUCUUCUGACGAUAGAACUUGCCGUGUCUUCAGAUAUCACAAAACUUCACCCACUGAGAUGAUUUUUAGUGUGGAACAUGUGAUUACAGAACCGUUCACCAAAUCUCCAAUGACGACUUAUUUUCGAAGAUUGUCGUGGUCACCAGAUGGUUUAAGUAUUGCUAUUCCAAACGCAACAAAUGGACCUGUUUCCUCCGUGGCAAUCGUAAACAGAGGGUCUUGGGAAUCUGAUAUUAGCUUGAUUGGUCAUGAUUCCCCUUGCGAAGUUGUGUCAUUCUGCCCUCGACUAUUCGAAGUGGCAACUUCCAAAGAAGAGAAACAGCUAUGUUCUGUUCUAGCCACUGGUGGUCAAGAUAAAACUCUAGCAAUUUGGAAUACAGCUCGUCCGAAGCCACUAGUUGUCAUUCAUGACAUUGUCUAUAAAGCAAUCACGGAUCUGUGUUGGACACCGGAUGGUGAUGUUCUGACAAUUAGUUCACUAGAUGGCACAAUAACAGUUAUAGUAUUUGAAAAUAACGAUUUAGGGGUGAAGACUCCGAUAGAACGGAACCAAGAGCAGCUGGAAAUUUAUGGAGGGGAAAGAGAAGGCAUGGUAUUUCCUGAAAGUGUAGAACAGUUAAUACUUGAAGAAAAAAGUCACAAUGCCCAGUUACUCUUAAGAAACCCUCAUCUUGAUCAAAUGAUGGAGAAGAGAAUACCUCAAACCGCAAUAAGAACUACCCUGCAACAUAAAGUCGUUAAACCGAAAAAAGUCAAUAAUAUAAACGUCCUAAAGACUCAGAAAAUUACUAUGAAGAAUGGGAAGAAAAGGGUUUCGCCUCUGUUGUUGACUUCUAGUUCCUCAACCAGUAAUAGGUUCAUACCCGUACCCAACAAAGAACGAGAAAAUCUGACGAGCAACUUGUUAUCAAAAAGUACUUAUAAAUUUCCAAAAAAUGGUCUUCCUUCAUUGACCACCUCUUUAAGACCAAACGUUGAGAUUCAGACACCAAAGGAGGAGUCGGUUCUUCAAGAGGAAGACAUUAAUAUUGAUCAUAUUGAACAUCACCACCAUUUGAAGAACUCUGUUCCCAAGACCAAUAAUUCAUCAAAUGCAUUCAAAAAGAAAAGAGAUCUGGCUUUCCCUGAAUUUUUACGUCCAGCUAUACGAUCCGUUGUGACUGUAUUUCCUGAAAUGAAGUUUCAACCUAAAGUUUUGGUUGUACUUGCUCCACCUACCACGGAAACUAAUAUCGAAACCAAUGAAAAAGUAGAACUGGAAUCGUCAAUCGAAAUUCGCAACCAAGUGGAACCCAAAGACUUGAAUCUUUCUAAAGUCUAUUCUAGUGACACUAAUGGCAACAGAAGAUUUGAGCUGACUUUUCAAAUGAAUCUCAAUAAUGCAAUAUCAACAUCAGACAAUCAAUGGGCUUUGUCUAGUGACACAGGAUCAAUUAUAGUAGUGUCUUCUGCAGGAAGAAUAACUUCCCCGAUCCUAGAAGUCGGGGCAUCCGUCUGUGUCUUAAGAUCGUACAACGAACACCUUUUGGCAAUAACUUGUGAAGGAACAUGCUUUUCAUGGAAUUUAAAGAAGCAAGAAUGUGUUCUAAACAGCAUUUCAUUAGCACCUAUAGUCAAUUCACACAUGCUAGUUAAGAAAGUUGGAGAUGCAAGGAACUAUUCUAUUGUAUCUGCCGAAGGAGACAACAAUCCGUUACCCCAGAUUCUAGACUGCGAACUUUCCAAAAAUGGCGCUCCAAUUGUGGCUCUUAGCACGAAAGACAUCUACUCUUAUUCAAAGAAAAUGAAAUGCUGGAUCCAUUUGAUUGAUUCGAAAUACUUUGAAUUGUUGGGUGCUGACAAUGCACUGUUUGAGUGUGUGGAAGCGCUAGAAGGUCCAAUUGGAAUGCUAAUUCAUAGAUUGGUAGAUGAGUUCUUCCAUGAAAACACUGCCGGUAAAAAACUCAAACUUUACAACAAGCGAGUACUGGAGGACCUUUCAAAUUCACUUGAAGAACUAGGUGAAAAUGCGUCUCAAUUAAGAGAGAAACUUGACAAACUCUAUGGUGAUGAGGUUGAGGCUUCUUGA